AUGGCGGAGCCUCGGCCGGACUGGCUCUCCCGUCUGCCCUCUGCGUGGACCUACGGCGUGCGCGGGGACGGACGGAUCUUCUUCAUUAAUGAACAAGCCCAGAGCACGACCUGGCUGCAUCCUGUCAGCGGAGAGGCCGUGCUCACCGGACACCGACAGACCCCAGAUCUGCCCACAGGAUGGGAAGAGGGAUACACCUUUGAGGGCGCGCGCUGCUUCAUCAAUCAUAACGAGCGGAAAGUGACCUGUAAACACCCACUGUCCGGAUCCCCCUCCCAGGACAACUGCAUCUUUGUGGUCAAUGAACCGUAA